GAGAGAGUGUAAAGCAUGUUGCUGCUGCUGGCUCUGUAUUGCGCUGUGAGCAAAGGACGAGAAAGAAAGAGAGAGAGGGAAAGAGGGAGUCACACACACACCCUGUCUCUUGCACACACACACACAGAGAAACUGAGAAGUGUCUUGCUCGGGAGAUUGAGAGACACAUGCACGCACUCUCACUCUCUCACACAUGCACACACACACAGGGGGAGUGGUGAAGGCAGGCUCCGGUGCGUUUUGAAGCAGCAGUGAGAGUAAGAGAGAGGACUAGCCAGUACAGAGGACAGACGACUCUUAAGCUUGAACGGACCGUCACCUACUUACCAGCCCCCAGCCGAUGAGCCACAGCCACGGCCACAGCACCGUGAUAAAAGGGGUUAUGCCAGGAGAGCUUGAAAGGAAGGGAAGAUCCAGCUCUCCGUCCGUCCAUCUGUCCGUCCGUCCGCCUCUCUUCAUCCUCAUCCCCCUUUUUUUCGGAGCCGAUAUCUCAGGUCGGACUGUCCCAUUUUUGAAUUCUUUCCUUUUCUCUCGUCAUUCUCUUGUUUUGAUGGCGGGAUGUUAAAGAUCAGGUGAAGAAAGGAGGAGCUACAUUGUGGACGUCUGCCAGGUCAUGUCAUUUAUACAUUUUUUGUUUGUUGUUAUUUCAACGCUCCCUCAUUUCUCCUCCUCCUGACUGAAUUGGAGAGUGUGUGUGAGACGCAGGACUGGAGCCUACGAGGACUUUGAGACUGAUCUGUUUUGAUAUGAUUCGGUCGUCAGGAAAAUUCUUUCCUACCCUGACGGAGCUGUAUCAAAGUUAGCUGGUGCUCCAGGGACAGGAGGGGGCCGUGGGGAGGGCCUGUGGCCCACGACGGAGCACCCACAUUGGGACACAUGCAGAGAGGGACACUGGCAUAGUGGUUCAUCUCACCCGCUGUUUUCUGUGUACAAGGAAAAUGACAACAUUCGUUUUCUAUUGUCCUGUUGCCACGUUGACGGAGGGACAGUGACAUAGCAGGGCAACACCUGAACAACAACAACGGUAACAGCAAGGACAGGCAACAGCCAUAUCUAAAAGACAACAACAGUUAAACCACCAGUGACAGCAACAACGCACUGCAACAACGCACUGCAUCUAACCAAACCUCAAUCAGCCAACACCUGAUAACUUUGGGUGGGCCUUUGACAAGGACUCCACCCCUCCAUCUCUCCAUCCCCCUCUCUCCACCUCUCGCUCUGCUGCGGUGUUCUUCUCCCUUCAUCCUCCAGCGAGAAUCCCCUAGUGACCCCACUCUGCUACUAUAUUUAUCCAGAUAUUGUUGACAUUAUAUUGACAUUUAUAUGUCAAUCUAGGCAAGUUUGCUCAAAGGAUUCUGGGUAAUCACCCCGGGCGGUGCUCCAUCGCCCUGGGUGAAAGGGCAGGGGGGCGGCCCACGGUUCCCCCCGACCACAACCGGGUGAAGAGCGGGCGCGGGCAGCAAGAUGGCGGCUCUCGCCAGCUCGUUGAUCCGCCAGCGGCGGGAAGUGAAGGACCCCCAGGCCAACCGGCAGGUGGCCAACAAGAGGAAGCCGUGCCCCAAGGCCAACAAGUCCCUGUGCCAGAAACAGAUAUUAUUACUCAUUUCAAAAGUCCGACUAUGUGGCAAUCGAGGCCGAAAAUUAGAAAAAAGACCGGAGCCCCAACUGAAAGGCAUUGUCACGAGACUCUACAACCGGCAUGGCUUCUACCUCCAGAUGCUUCCGGAUGGCACCAUGGACGGCACAAAGGACGAAAGCAGCUCCUUCUUGCAGUUCAACUUGAUUCCUGUGGGCCUGAGGAUAGUAGCCAUCCAGAGCACUAAGACAGGGCUCUACAUUGGGAUGAACAGCGAUGGAUACCUCUACACUUCGGAACACUUCACCCCAGAGUGCAAGUUCAAAGAAAGUGUGUUUGAGAACUACUACGUGACGUACUCGUCCAUCCUGUACCGGCAGACCCAGUCGGGCAGGGCCUGGUACAUCGGCAUCAACCGGGACGGACAGGUCAUGAAGGGCAACAGGGUCAAGAAGACCAAGGGGGCCGCCCACUUCCUGCCCAAACUCAUCGAAGUGGCUAUGUACAGGGAGCCGUCGCUACAUGAAGUGGUGGUGGUCGCCGAGCUGAGUUCGCCCAGAAAAAUGGCCAAGGCCUCCGAUUCACCUGUGCUGCAGAACGGCAAAAAAGACCCGCCCUCAAAAACCAAAACCUCCUAGCGCACAGAUAACACAGGGGCGGUCAUACGGGCAUUGGCAUGGGCACCUAAAGGAACUACAGGGAUGAUAUAUAGAAGCAAUGGAGCUACUUGAUGGUAGCAUUAGAAGAACUCUAUCUCCCAUAAUGCAAUAGUGAAGGGGUGGGGAAAUAAAUGCCAAUGGAACCCUUCUUUAAAGAUAUGGUGUGUCCCUCACCCACCGCAGCCCCCUCCCCUUCUCUUACCCAACACCGCCCCUGUAUGAGUCUGAGUUUUCAGAGCAAUAAAACUUGAGGAAUGAGGCUGGGUGCGUCGUAGCAUGCACUGGUCACGUCACAACUAUAUACACAUCCACUACGGGAAAUUCCCGGGAAAGAAGACCGACACCUAUCAUCAGCAUCGUCUGUUUUUAAUCUACUUCACAACGAACAAUAUCUUCCUGUUUUUAUUACACAGGGUUGUCACGGUCAAAUGUUUCCCCCCUGUCCCACUGAGCAGCAGGGGGGGGCCUAUUGUUCUACAUUCCCAAAGCUUCCAUCCAUACUAAUGUAAGGUUGAUCCAGGAUGCGUCUGCACCCUAUUUUCAAUAUAGUGCACUACUUUGUGUGAGCUUUGGUCAAAAGUUGUGCACUACAAAGGGAAUAGGAUGCCAUUUUGGAUGCAGCCCAAAACAUCCCAAAACGUCCGUCAGCACCUUUGUGACCAUAGCUACUGUAUCUCCUCCAUACUGAUGUGGAGCUUUUUUUCAUUUUUUUUUUCUUUCCCUCGUUAACCUCAGUUUUCCACUCGGCAGCACAAGAAAAAACCUCCUUGUUCCUCUCUAGGGCUGUUUAACAGCAGCUUCCACUGAUCAAAAUCUCCCCAACUCUUGAAAGAGAGAGAGAAACCUCCCUGCUGCACUGAACUACACACACGAUUGUGUUCAUACACACCACACACACACACACACACACACACACAGAGGCUGGGCAGCAGAGGGAGAGGGUGAUUGUGUGCGGGUCAGGGGUUGAAGAAUGAUGACGAUAUAAUCAGUGAGAUGGUGUAGAUGUUCUGGGAGUCUGUUUGUCCAUGUAGGUUAUUAUUAAACUGACUGCUUUACCCUCUCUGUGCCCAGCCAUGCGUUACACCAUCCUAUAACUACACUAGAUCAUUUCUCUAGCUCAUGGCCCUAACAUGCUGACCACACCGCCCGCGUUGCGUGUGCGAGCGUUGCAAAAAUAAAUGUACACAUACAUGUUAUUCAAUCAUUGCACUCACACUGCUCGCGAGCGUCUGCGUAGCCAGGCGCUAAAAUAGAACUUGGUUCUAUUUGUGACGCUUGAUGCGCUACAAGUCUCGCCUCUCCUAUCUCCUAUUGGUUUUUAGGUGCAUAUUCCCACGUGGGCGAUUGAAAAAUGAACUGAGAUCCACACUCUAGUCCUGUUGGUAGUGGUAAUGCACCUUAAAGUUAGUUGCCAACCGCCAUAUAAAGUCCAAAGAAAAAGAAAGAGGAGAGACUACUAGAAACUAACUCGGUUUACCCUUUUAUCUGUGGAUUCAUUGUCGGAGUAGAGAACCUUGUGCAUUUCAGGUAAAAUAACAACCCAAUGUUUAUAUCCCAGGAAAAUUAACUAGCAACAGCAAGCUAGCUAUCUAAAUUGCAUAAAUGUUUCAUGCUUUCGACCUGUCCCCAAAUUAAUAUUUUUGGUUCAGAGUUCGUUUUGAUAUUUCAACCUGGGUGUCCUGAUCGCGUCUGGUGUGGGUGGACAAGAUCAACAUGCACGCGAACGGUCUGGUCGGCAUGUAAGCCAGGGAGAUACAGCAUACAUGCCCACUGUGGGGUUUAUUUCCUGGUUGGGUAUGUGAUAUUGCAGGACAGUUGUGGUUCUUCUCUGAGGGUUACAACCUCCUAGCCUGGGUGCCAGUCAGUUUCCACUGUCAAAAUCCUUAUGGGAUUGUCAUAGCAAACAGACUGGCACCCGGGCUAACGACCUCCUAGUUCCACGUUGAUUUCUUCUUGUUAAUCUAUACUUUAUAUGUAAUAAGCAACUAGUAUGCACUGAACCUCUCCAACACUGGGUCAAGUGUGUUAGUUAUUAUGCAAAGGAAACAAGCCUUCUUUAAACGCACAUCUCGCCAUCAUGUCUCAUAGGGUGCAUCCAAAAUGGCACCCUAUCCCUAUAUAGUGCACUACUUUUGACCAGGGCCCUGGUCAAAAGUAGCGCACUACAGGGGAAAGGGUUCCAUGUCCGAUGCAACCAUAGACUAUUAUCAACCUGUAACUUGUGCUGUCAAUGUCACAUCCCAUGCUGCACGACAACGGUGUUGCUAAGGGUAAAGACCGGAUUCUAAAGGCACAGACAUAAUAAAAAGAGGACGAUGGUUUAGUA